AGCACUGGGAGCCACUGUGAGUGAUUGGGACACACUGGGAGUGACUGGGAGCUGUGCCUGGAGCUAACUGGGAGCACUGGGACACACUGGGAGCUGUGCCUGCAGUUACUGGGAGCACUGGGAGCCACUGUGAGUGAUUGGGACUCACUGGGAGUGACUGGGAGCUGUGCCUGGAGCUAACUGGGAGCACUGGGAGUGACUGGGACACAACUGGGAGUUACUGGGAGCACUGGGAGCUGUGCCUGCAGUUACUGGGAGCACUGGGAGCCACUGUGAGUGACUGGGACACAACUGGGAGUUACUGGGAGCUGUGCCUGGAGUUACUGGGAGCACUGGGAGUGACUGGGACACAACUGGGAGUUACUGGGAGCACUGGGAGCUGUGCCUGGAGCUAACUGGGAGCACUGGGACACACUGGGAGCUGUGCCUGCCGUUACUGGGAGCACUGGGAGCCACUGCCGGCCAUGAAGCUGCCCCCGAGCUGCCGCCUGCUCCUGCUGCCCGCGGCCGCGGCUCUGACCCUGCUGGCGCUGCACGCCCGGCCCCCGGCGCCCCCCGCCCGCCCCACGGAGCCCCCCGGCCCCGCGGCGCCCCCCGGUAACGGCCCCGCGGAGCCCACGCGGCACCCGCUGCGGCCGCCGUACCCGCACCCGUACCGCUUCCUGCUCAACCACCCCGACAAGUGCCGCGGGCGGGCGCCGUUCCUGGUGCUGCUGGUGGUGACGGCGCCCGAGGCCGUGGCGGCGCGGGACGCCGUGCGCCGCACGUGGGGCGCCGAGGGCGCCGUGCCGGGGCUGUCGGUGCUGCGGCUCUUCCUGCUGGGCGUGCACCCCGUGUUCGGCGCCGAGCUGCGGCCCGUGCUGCGCGAGGAGGACGCGCUGCACGGCGACCUGCUGCAGCAGGACUUCCUCGACACCUACAACAACCUGACGCUCAAGACGCUGAUGGGCCUCGAGUGGGUGAGCCGCUUCUGCCCCAACGCCAGCUACGUGAUGAAGGCCGACCACGACGUCUUCCUCAACCUCGAGUACCUGGCGGGGCUGCUGCGGCCGCCCCGGUUGGGUUUCGUGACGGGCUACGUGUACCGGCGCACGGGCCCGCUGCGGAACCGCGCCUACAAGUGGUUCGUGCCGCGGGAGGUUUACCCCAACAACACCUACCCGCCCUACUGCGGCGGGCCCGGCUACGUGCUCUCGGGGGACGUGGCGCGGCGCGUGUUCCGCGUGGCGCAGACGCUGCCCCUCAUCAACAUGGAGGACGCCUUCGUGGGCAUCUGCCUGCACGCGCUGGGCGUGCCCGUGACCGAGCCGCCGCCCGGCGCCUUCGCCAUGUACCGGCUGGACUACGACCGCUGCCGCUUCUCGCGCGUGGUCAUGGUGCACCACUACGGGCCCCGGGAGCUGCUGCGCCUGUGGCCGCACUUCCGCAACGCCUCCGCCAAGUGUCCCUAGGGCGGGAUGGGCUGGGGUGUGCCCGGCUCUCACUGGGAGCUGCUGGGAGCCACGGGCUGCAAAUGGGACUGACGGACUGCAAACGGGACUGACGGACUGCA